AUGUUCUGGCUCCCUAUUCAGCCCGAUAUCCAACGAGAGUCAUGUGCGCAUGAUAAUUGCCCACAGCGUUUCAACUUUGUUAACCGCAAGCACCAUUGUCGGUCAUGUGGCGAUAUCUUUUGCCGUUCCCACGCCUCUCAAACAGCACCACUCUUCGAUGGCGGCCCAGGUGGUGAACCUACUGGUCAAGGUCUGGUGGAUUGUCGGGUUUGUGACACAUGU